AUGCUAUUAUCAUUGUUUACAAUUGCUACGCUUUCUUUUCAACUGUUAUUGGCAAAAGCCAAUCCUAUUCCUCACCAAAGUCCUUUAUCUUUACAAUUUAUGAAUGAUCGGAAUGAAAAACGAUUUUAUGAUUAUGGAACCAUUAAAUCUCCAAUUAGAGGUGUUAAUAUUGGCGGUUGGCUAGUAUUGGAGCCAUAUAUUACUCCAUCUCUCUUUGAAAGAUUCCGGGAAAAUCCAUUUAAUGACGAUGGCAUUCCUGUUGAUGAAUUUCAUUAUUGUAAGUAUCUAGGCUAUGAUGAGGCUAAGUCAAGGCUAAUUAACCAUUGGGAUACAUUUUAUACAGAACAAGAUUUCAAAGAUAUUGCAGAUAAAGGAUUAAAUUUAGUUAGAAUACCAAUCGGUUACUGGGCUUUUAAGAAGAGAGAUCUUGAUCCAUUUGUCACAGGCUACCAAGAGAAAUAUUUAGAUAAUGCAAUUGAAUGGAGUAAAAAAUAUGGGUUAAAAGUCUGGGUUGAUUUACAUGGUGCUGCUGGUUCCCAAAAUGGUUUUGACAACUCUGGGUUAAGAGACCAUUUAGAAUUUUUGAAUGAUGACAAUUUAGAUGUCACAUUGCAAGCCUUAAAAUAUAUAUUAGAGAAAUAUUCACGCGAAGAAUUCUUGGAUACUGUUGUUGGUAUUGAGUUGAUUAAUGAACCUCUAGGUGGUGUUAUUGAUAUGCAAAAAUAUAAAACACAAUUCCUAGAUGUUGCAUAUGAUUAUUUAAGACAUACUUUGAAAAGAAAUCAAAUUAUUGUGAUUCACGACACAUUUUUACCAAAUGAAUAUUGGGAUGACUUUUGGACUUUGAAACAAGAUCAUUGGGGUGUAGUAAUCGACCACCACAGAUACGAGGCAUUUAAUUAUGGUGAUUUAACUAGUCCAAUAGAAAUGAAAGUUAGAACAGCAUGUGCAUGGGGAUUAUCUUCCAUUAAAGAUACACAUUGGAGUAUUACAGGUGAAUUUUCUGCAGCAUUAACAGAUUGUACGAAAUGGUUGAAUGGUGUUGGAAGAGGUGCUCGCUAUGAUGGGACUUUGGCUUCUAAUUAUGCACCAAUUGGUUCUUGCAAACCUUUUAAUGAUAUUUCACAAUACACUCCUGAAAUGAGAACAAAUACCAGAAAGUUUGUUGAAGCCCAGUUAGAUGCAUUUGAAAUGAGAGAAGGUUGGAUAAUUUGGUGCUAUAAAACAGAAUCUUCGAUUGAAUGGGAUUUAAAGAGAUUGAUAGAGUACGAUUUAUUCCCACAGCCUAUUACUAGCAGAAAGUAUCCAAAGCAAUGUGAAUAA